AUUGAAAAUGAUUUGGAACCGGGCGGUACAUCCGGUUCGGGUUGCAAAUCCCAAAAUAAAAGUGAGGCAGAGAGAGAGUCAUGGAGUCGGAAAGAGAAAGAAGAAAGAAGAAAGAAGAAAGAGAUGGCAGGUCGCAGUAUCUCAUACAUUACAGGGUCGCAGCUUCUCUCUCUCAGACGCCAACCAACCAUCGCCAUAGUCGAUGUCAGAGACGACGAGAGGACUCACGAUGGACACAUAUCCGGUUCUCUUCAUUACGCAAGCGAUGGUUUCACCGAUAACAUCUCUAAGCUUAUUCACGAAGUUAAAGGCAAAGACACCCUCGUCUUUCACUGCGCUCUAAGUCAGGUUCGAGGCCCAAGUUGUGCUAGGAAGCUUGUCAAUUAUCUUGAAAACAGCAAGGAAGAUGUUGGGAUAAAGAACAUUAUGGUCUUAGAACGUGGCUUCAAUGGUUGGGAAGCUUCUGGUAGACCCGUUUGCCGCUGCAAGAACGUUCCUUGUAAGGAGAGUGAGUGUGCUUCUUAAUCAAAGAAAUAUUUGUGGUUGGGAUGCAAUCAUGGAAGCUUAUUGUCUUUCAUGUGCUGUGUGUUUGCACAAAUUUGUAUACAAAAGCAAAUGUAUGACCAAUAUAAUUUACAUCAUUAUAUAAAUCAUAGGUAAGCUGAAUACCUAGUUUAUGUUUUGUCCAUCACUUUAUGUUGUAAGAAAUCCUUGAAUGGAGAUUGUCAUGAAUAACCAAGGUACUCACUUGAAUACAUUCUGAAUUUGUAAUUUGAUGAAUAUGGUUGAAUAUAGGAACUUGGAGUAGAAACAUGUCUGUAACAUGCUUUGUUAAAUGCAAAUGGAUAUGUUCAGCAGUUAUAUGGAUGA